CUCACCGUCUCCGCACUCCAUAGCAUACACAGUCGCUAUCUGCCAGGCGGAAUGGACGAGUCCUCCAGUCCUCCCAGCUUUAUCCUCAGCGCACCGAAGCCGCGGGAGAAACCAGGCCCGACAUGACAGUGCCGGGACGGGAGAAGAAAGCCCGCCAGCAGCCUCGGUUGAUCGUCUGGCCCGAGGCAGUGUGGGCUGCGGGUCGCUACGCCGUGUUGGUCGCCUUAUGCACAGUCUGCUACAGCAACUCUAUCCAGGGGGAGUUGGUCCACGACGAUGUGUGGGCUAUCAUCAACAACCCGGACGUCCGACCGGGCUCCAGCAUCAGAAACAUAUUCAGCAACGAUUUCUGGGGCAAGAGGAUGGCAGAGAAUACCAGCCACAAGUCCUACAGACCGCUAUGCGUCCUUACCUUCAAGUUGAACAUUCUGCUGGGUGGCAUGACGCCUCUCUAUUUUCACCUCAUCAACGUGUGUUUGCACUGCGCCGUUACCUGCCUGCUCAUGCACACGUGUGAACGCUGCGUGUUUCAAGACUCUCGCCACGCCUUUGUCACAGCAGUCCUCUUCGCUGUGCACCCCAUCCACACCGAGGCCGUGUCUGGUAUUGUGGGGAGGGCAGAUGUCUUGGCCUGUCUGCUGUUCUUGUUGACAUUCCUCUCCUACAUCAGGAGUGUGGAUGUGUGUGUGUCUGACGAGUCUCUGCCUUCCACGGUGUCAGCAUGGUGUCUGCUCGUCAGUUUGUUGCUGGGCACCUGCGCCAUGCUGGUCAAAGAGACAGGCAUCACUGUGUUCGGAGUCUGCGUGCUCUAUGACGCUAUGGUGCUAUGCCGCAAGCCUCUCAUCUAUCACCUGUCCGGCACCAGAUUCAGGGACCUCCGACACAUCUGCAGCUCCUUCAUCAAACGAGCCUGCCUCAUCUCUGGCUAUGUGGUGAUCAUCAUGUCAGUCAGGCUGUGGCUGAUGGGAGGAUCCAUGCCUCUCUUCUCUGAACAGGACAACCCCGCCUCCUUCUCACCAUACCUGCUUACUAGGAUUUUGACCUACUCUUACCUGCUGUCCUUCAAUGCCUGGCUGCUGCUGGCCCCCGUUGUGCUGUGUUAUGACUGGCAGGUGGGCAGCAUUCCACUGGUGGAGUCACUGGGUGAUAUGCGCAACAUGGCCACCUUGCUGCUGGCCCUGGUGAUAGUUUCCCUCUGCCUGCACUGCGUCUUCUCACUGAAGAGACAAGAGAGCAGGGAAGUGUUGGUGGGAAUGUUGUUUCUGGUGUUUCCCUUCAUUCCUGCCAGUAACCUUUUCUUCAGGGUGGGAUUUGUCGUGGCAGAGAGGGUUCUCUACAUGCCAAGUAUGGGUUACUGUAUCCUGGUGGCUCAUGGUCUGGGUCGGCUGUGUUCAGUGGUUGGCCGGUGGGGCACCACAGUCCUCAGUGUCUCCAUGCUGCUGUUGCUCCUGCUCUUCUCCUGGAAGACUGUCCAGCAGAACCGCGUCUGGCUUUCCAGGGAGGCCCUCUUCCGCUCAGGUAUACAGACGCUGCCACACAAUGCCAAAGUCCACUACAACUACGCCAACUUCCUGAAAGACGGCAACCGGCACCAAGAGGCCAUUCACCACUACACCACUGCCCUCAGAUUAUACCCCCGCCAUGCCAGCGCCAUGAACAAUCUUGGCACUCUAACUCGGGAUCUAAAGGAGGCAGAGCGUUACUACAGGAUGGCACUGGACACCAACCCUCAGCAUAACAGAGCUCUGUUUAACCUGGGAAACCUCCUCAAGUCCCAGGGGAAAGAGAAAGAAGCUGAGACACUGCUGAGGGAUUCUAUACACUUUGGUCCACAUUUUGCUGAUGCGUACUCCAGUCUCGCAUCACUCUAUGCUGAGCAGAAACGCUUUGCUGAUGCCAAUGAAGUAUAUCUAAAAGGUAUAGAGAACUGUCCGGACAGCUCCGACCUCCAUAAUAACUACGGAGUGUUUCUGGUGGAUACGGGAGAGGGUGAGCGAGCAGCCGCUCACUACCAGCAAGCUGUUAGACUCAAACCAGCACAUUACGUUGCCAUGGUGAACCUGGGUCGCCUCCUCCGAUCAUCCAAUGAGAACACGGAAGCUGAGUCUUGGUACAAGAGGGCACUGAAGGUAACAAGGAAGGUGGACAUCCUGACUCCGCUUGGAGCUCUGUACUAUAACACAGGCCGCUAUGAGGAGGCGCUUCAGGUGUACAAAGAGGCUGCCAACCUGCAGCCAGACAGCACCGACAUCUGGCUGGCUCUGGCUCAGGUUUUAGCCAUGGCUGGGCGUUCCAAAGAGGCAGAGAAGAUGACCCUGGACAUCAUAUCCAGAGAACGCAGCUGUAUUGAAUGUUACAGGCUCCUUUCUGCCAUUUACAGCAAGCGCGGAAACUACACAGAGGCAUUGGAUGCUCUGGACAGGGCCCUGCAGCAUUGUCCCAGUGAUCUGUCAGUGAGAGCAGAGCUGUAUUUCUCCAAAGGAAACCAGCUGAGGGAGAUGAACCAGUUGGACCAAGCCUUUGAGAGCUACAAGCUGGCUGUUGAACUGAAACCUGACCAGUCCCAGGCCUGGAUGAACAUGGGAGGAAUACAGCACAUUAAGGGAGACUAUGCAGCAGCCAGGGUGUACUACCAGCGAGCUCUGCUUCUGAGUCCUGGCUCCAAACUUCUGAAAGAAAACCUUGCCAAGCUGGACCGGCUGGAGCGCAGACUGACAGGGGGAGCGUAGACCACGAGGGUUCCCCAGACACUCUACCAUCCUGGCCACAGAGCAGGGGAGCAGGCCAUAGCCUUGACCACUCAAGCCCACAUAGCAGCUACCAGCCUGCUGGAUAAAAUGGACCUGACCUUCUUGCUAAGACAAGCUGUCUUGGUGAGAGCAGAGGAGGGAGGGAACUUGUCAGGUCUGCAGCAUGUUCUGAGGUGGACCGGGUGUGUUGGAAUAAAGAGACUGGUCAAGCCACAGUCCAGAAGCCUUUCCUCUGGUAAGCAGAAGGGAACGGCUUGUUGAAAACCCCUGGCAGCUCCAUGUGUUGCCCUGUCUCCAUCCACUUUACUUCAUGCACAUCAGCAUUGGACAUUUGUGUUUCAUUGAUUUAUUAUUUAGGUUUAUGUGAAGUAAUUUCCUUUAUGGCACUUAAUCACAGAUUGUAAUUCAGUCCUUUGUGAGAAUUUUUCAUGUCUUUACAUUAGUGCAGUGAAAGUGUGUGGUAAAAUGUGAACAUUAUAGAGGGAAUGAGCAUGGUAACCGUAUGCGUUACAAAAUAAUCUAAACUCAAAGUUCCACUUUCUUGCUUUCAAAACUUUCAGCCGGUCUCUUUUACAGCAAACGGAGCAAACGGAGCUUGCUCAGAUGUCAUCAGGUGACCUGACUCACACCCAGUCACACAUUUACGAAUAAACAGUGGUCACGUGAUGAAAUCAUUGGUAAGCAUCGACCACUAACGCCGGGUUAACACUGGCCGAUUAAGCACAAGAGGCACUGAUGUGUCAAUUCUUGCGUGAUGGUAGGCUAGCUGUUCAUAACAGAAGCGCAUUUUUCUGCACUAGUCAACAGGCAGAUCUGCUCCUCUGCUCUUUUCUGAUCACACUGAGAUUACCUUUAUCUUUUCCUGGAGCAGAAAAAGUGUUGGCAGGCACAGGUGCAUACUUGUCAGAAACAGAGGAGAUAUAUGAAAUCCUAAAAGAUUAUUCAUAGGAGAUUAUUAGUGUGUUUUCUAGAAAUAUUACCUUGUGAAAGGUGGAGAAAAUAGGCCAGACUCUGAAUCAAUUGCAACAGAUUACGAUCCAGCAGCAGAACUCUGCUCCGAUAUGCAUCCAUUGCGAACAGGCUGGUUAACAUCAUCCAUCAGGAGUCCAUGGACUGCCACAAAAAAAUAGAGAAUGACAUUGUUUUGCAGGUCACAAGCAGGGCUGGGGAAGCUGCUUUGAAGUUUGGAAGUGACAAAGCUACAACAAUGCUACAUUUUUCUUAAAGGUCCUAAAUGAAUGAACAGGUCACUGCUCUCUCUGCUCCGUACUGUCAGAGCAGCCCUGUUGUUGAUUCUCUCCACAAUCUGAAGAAUGAAGAUGAACUGCGUGCAGAAUCUGUAGAGGUGUUCAAGCAUCAUUUCUUAUCUUUAACUUUUAAAUCCUAAAGUUCAUAGUUCAUGAGUUUAAAUGAUUCAUAGUAUGUGAAUCAAAGUCCCUGUGACUCUGUCGGCUCGUUGAACUAGAGAACCAUGCCUUCAUCUCCCAGUUGUCGAGUCAUGUUACAUAAUGGUGCUUCUUUUACCUCACAAGUGAUCUUACUAACACCCACUUGCAGCCAGCUCAUUACCAGACAAUGGCAAAGUCAAAAGUUGUCCUUUUGGCAAGUGCUGCAUUUUUUAAAUUAAUGUUUUUUUAAUUAAUACAGCUGAUAUAAUUUGCAGCUGGCAACAUUUGACAUUUAAACCAGCAAAAGCCAACUAAAGCAGAAUUCUUCAUGUCUGUAAUGACGUGAGGUAUCAUCUGUUGUCUGACUGUUGGUCUGCACUGCCACGUGCUGAGACCUGAGCCAAGUCCAUCUCUCACAAAGAUAUGAUUGAAAGCUCUGGGAAGCUAGUAAGUGGACCUUUUAGUUAAGAUUAUUGUGUUUCACAUGAAGGGAAUGCUUUGGCACGGUAUAUCAGUGAAAAGAGUAUAACAAAAAGCAAAAUCUGUAAAGAUCUCAGAUUAAAUGAGGAAUGUAAUGAGAUUCACAACAGCUGCUUUCUCUUUAAACAUAAACUAUGUUUGACCUCCGUUUCCAGAACUUUCUACAGUGUAAGACCUGAUGUUACAAGCCUUCUGCAAGUAUAAUAAGCUAGUGUCUUCUCCUGUGUGAGGAGUUAAAACUUGUGACUUCAUGCAUACCAUAACCUCUGAAGAUUGCUGUUUGGUUGCUUAUUGUGAUUAUGUUGACAGUGAUGUUGAUUGUAAAAUGAAUUUUGUUGUGGAAUGACAAUGGGAUGAAAAUGAAGUGACUAGUGCAAUGAGUGACUUGCACACAUAAAAUAAAGUAUAUGUUUUAUUAAAUGCUGUUUUGACUGAUUACUAUUACUAUGUAUAAGCAAAAAAAGUCCACUGGACUCAACUUUGUUCCUUUUGGAGCAGGUUUUUCUCCAUAUACCUUUAAAAUACCAUUUGACAUGUUUGAUGCAUCGGUAGGAGUCAGAAUCCCCCUCUUGGGCUUUUUCAUCAGUACACUGCAAAAAAAGAAAAGUUGGGUGAACUCAAAAUUUCAAGGCAACAAACUUCGAUAAAAUUUUAAGUUGGACAAUUAAACUAAAUAUUUUAAGUUUUAUUUUACAGUUUGCUCAACUCUGAAUUUCUCUGGCACGAUUGUAAUGCCGCUAUGAAUGUUCGCUAAUGUUGUGACCACAAUUUUGAGUUAGCAUUGAUACGCUAAUGGCUACUCUUGUAGCUGUAACAAGCAGCACCGCUGGCAUCAGUUAGCCGCUAGCUUUCGCUAAUGACCAAAUUUCACAACAAAGAAAUAAGAGUUAGCA